AUGUCUGGAAUUCGAUUAUAUGCGACACAGUCUUCUUCGCCCGGAAGUAAUUCAUCUCAGUCAGAGAAAGAAAAGGCGACGAGUUAUGCAUCGGACAGCAAGCAGGCUAGCCAUCGCCAUGGAAGUCCUCUUGAGGGUGCAGGAGUGGACAAUCCCAGCAGCAAAGAGGCUGAGAAGACAAUUCUCGGUGCUGAAAUGAAGAGUACAGCUUCGCCGGCGACUGGCUCGGUUCUCACACACCUCAAUACUUCUGGAAACGCACACAUGGUAUCUAUCACUUCGAAAGCCCCCACAAGUCGAAAAGCAAUUGCCGUUUGCUCCAUCCACUUCUCGAAUCCGACUGCUCUUCCACUUAUUCGCUCCAACUCCAUGAAGAAGGGAGACGUUUUGUCUGUUGCACGAAUAGCUGGCAUUAUGGCGGCAAAGAAAACGAGUGACCUGAUACCUUUAUGCCACCCAAUCGCCAUCACUCAUGUAUCUAUCGACUUAGAAGUUAAGGGCGGGGAUCGAGAUCAUAUGGCUUCUAAACCCGAACGUGUGAGCACUCCAUGGCAAGGAACCGGGCAAGGCGAUGCGUAUCCUUGGCAUAAUCACAAACAAGCCAAAGACGAUGUGAAACAGGAAGAUUUUGGCAGAGUUAAUAUAACUGCUACUGUCACUUGUGAUGGGAAAACCGGAGUGGAAAUGGAGGCCUUGACGGCUGCUAGUACAGCUUCUUUGACGGUGUAUGAUAUGUGUAAAGCAGUUGAUAAAGGAAUGUGGAUUAUGGAUUUGAGGGUUGUGAGGAAGGAGGGCGGAAAGAGUGGGACGUGGGUUGAGAGUGAGAAUGUGUCUUGA